UUCAUCAAGGCCUAUGCUGCCUACCUCAAGCGUACCGGUAAGCUCGAAGUCCCCAAGUGGGUCGACCUCGUCAAGACUGGUACCUUCAAGGAAUUAGCUCCCUAUGAUCCCGAUUGGUACUAUAUCCGUGCUGCUUCCGUCGCUCGCCACAUCUACAUCCGUAAGAAUGUCGGUGUUGGUGCCUUGAACAAGGUUCAUGGUGGUACCGUCAACCGUGGUUCUCGUCCUUCUCACCACGUUGAUGCUUCUGGUUCCGUCAACCGUAAGGUUCUUCAAUCCUUGGAAAAGAUUGGUGUCUUGGAAAAGGAUAAGAAGGGUGGUCGCAGAAUUACCCAAGAUGGUCAACGUGAUUUGGAUCGUAUCGCCAUGACUCUUGCUGAAGAAUCCGACGAAGAAUAA